GUGUGAUCAAGUAACUGAGCAAGUAAACAGUUAAGCUUAUUUCCUUCUACGAGUUUUAUAAAAGCGAAAACUAGAAAUCAAUCAAAAUGCGUCUGGGACAAACAAUGCCAAACUUUAAGGCGCAGACCACCAAGGGACCCAUUAACUUCCACGACUGGCAGGGCAACUCCUGGGUUGUGCUCUUCUCACAUCCCUCCGAUUUUACGCCCGUUUGCACUACGGAAUUGGGCCGCAUUGCUGUCCAUCAGCCGGAGUUUGCGAAGAGGAACACAAAGUGCUUGGCCCACUCUGUGGAUCCACUCGAUUCGCAUGUGGAUUGGGUGAAUGACAUCAAGUCAUAUUGCCUGGAUAUUCCCGGCGAGUUUCCAUAUCCCAUUAUUGCGGAUCCCACACGCGAUCUGGCCGUCUCCCUGGGCAUGCUCGAUGAGGAUCAGAAGAAGGAUCCCGAGGUGGGCAAAACAAUUCGUGCCCUCUUCAUCAUUAGCCCUGAUCACAAGGUGCGCCUGACCAUGUUCUAUCCCAUGUCCAUGGGUCGCAAUGUUGAUGAGAUCCUGCGUUGCAUUGAUUCGCUGCAGUUGACCGAUCGCUUGAAGGUGGUUGCCACGCCAGCAAAUUGGACACCUGGCACAAAGGUGAUGAUCCUGCCCAGCGUCAGCGAUGCGGAUGCCCACAAGCUGUUCCCCAAGGGCUUUGACAAGGUCUCCAUGCCAUCGGGCGUUAAUUAUGUCCGCACCACGGAGAACUAUUAAAAGUCUUCUUCUUCUGCUUCUGCUUGUUCAUCUUCAUCUUUUUGAGCCAAAUUUACAAACUAUUGAAUAUUAUUAUUUUUAUUGUACAUUUCUUAUAAUGAAUAAAUAAUACAAUCAUUUUAUUUAAA